CCUUCUCUGUUCCACUGCUCAAGUUCAAUCCAGUAUAUAAAAUGACAUUAAUAGUGAAUAAACUAACAACCAGCCAUUGUAUUUAUUUAUUAUUGCAUGUAUUUGUAGUAAAACAUGAUUUGACACAUCCUACUUUUGGAUCUAGAACUGCACAAGCCGUUCAUUUUCAGUCACCUGACGAGAUAAACUCCGCUUUUUAUGUGAGAUUGAAGCAGAGUCUGAGUUAACAAAGAAAGUUGUUUAUAAUUUGCGAUACCUGUUAUCUCUGACUGAGGCUUUAGUUUUUGUUGAGCCGAUUUACAAGUCAAAACUUUGUUCAGGAAGAUUUCUCAGUAGCUCAGAGGACAGGAUGCUUUUUACACAACCUUGUAAGAGAAUGUCUGCCAAUGCUUUCAGCAGAAUUUAGAAACACAACACUUCCUAAACAGAUAAUUUGAGGCUGUGAGGUUGAACGUUUGAGAGUAUAUCAGUGUGUUUGUUUGUGGUCUUUCUGUUUCUAGGUGGAAGCUGAAUUAGUGAGGAUGACUCCUGCUCCUGUCAUCUCUAAGCUCCUCACACAUCUUUACCUGCACAUGAGGAAAAUCACUCCUGUAGAAUGCAGAUGUUCAGAGGGAGAUGAUGCCACAUCUGGUCCAGCCGAUGGAAGGUCUUGAAGUUCUCUGACUGGCCUCGACUGAAGAUGGUCGUCUCACUGGAUUUAAGUUUUUCUGUUUCUUCUCUGGAGAUGCACAAUGAGGGACGUCUGCAGCGACUGAGAAAGAGUCUCACCACAUCCUGACAUGAGGAAAAAGACUUUAUUGAAGACUACAAUGAGAAAAACUAUCCAGACAGCAGAUGGCUGCAUUCAAGAUCCACCAACCACUGGAACACAUCUCCAAAGUUCUGCCGGGCCAGCUCAGCUUCCCCUCAGAAGAAGUGCCGCCACCUGCCAGAUGAAGGAACCUUUUGAGAGGCAGCUGGCAUCGUGAUUGGACUGUACUUUGGUCUGUUCCAAUCCAGCUUCAGCUCCAGAGACGGCAGGCGGGACGAGUCAACGGAGGCCGGGUGGACGAAGGCAUGCAGCUGAGUACAAUCCAGAAAACAACAGAGGAGGAGUGCAGCAGCCCAGGGCCACAACAAACAGAGUAGCAUCACCAAAGAACUACAGACUCUUCACAACCUGCUCAAACUCUUGGUACAGGACCUCACCACACGGGUCAAGAAGGUUUCCUUCUCCUUAUUUCUACUCUGAAGCUCCCCUUCUCCUGCUCAAACUGCUGACAAAUGUUUCUGCUGCUCUAAAGUCUGCUCUCCAGAACUUCCUAAAAACUCUCAGUCUCUUCUGCUGCAGGUUGCUUUGUAGAACUGUUCCAGAAAACCUCACUAAACCACAUGGAGGGGCCUCAAGAUAGUCGUCCAAAUGAAACCGUACAAAAACCAAACUAGCACAACCCAAACAUUAAAGUCUCCUGCAGCCUACCAGAGAACCUCUGAGAACAGAGAAUCAGGACAGGAACUCUUACCUUCUGGACAACCAACGCUGGUUCACAAACAAGAAUACAGAAUGUGUCUGACCAAAAACCUCUGCAGACUCACUACAGCCAAGAUAAAGACACAACUCAGCUGUACCAAAUCCACUAAUCACUGCACACAUUAGCACCAUGUGCUAACUGUGGCUAAAGAACCACCUUUACCAAGACAACUAUCCAGUACAAAGCCCUAAAACACACCAAGAAACACAUUAAAGACGAUUUUACUGCUGGAAGCUGCAAGCCAACGUCUAAAGAACAAACUGAAGCAACAGAGCCAAACCCAGUGAAGAGAAGCAGAGGAAAUGUUUGGCUGCAGCUAAAUAAAGCAGGAAGACACUGAGCUGCUCAGGUGUUCCUGAUAACACCAAGCAGCCACCUGGACAGCCAAUAGGAACACAGCUUACUGGAAGUCCAGAGGGCUGGGUUAGUGAAGGAAAUUUAGUUUAAAGUUGAGGCAGAAAGUUAACAAAGAAAGUUGAAAUCUCUGAGUUUUCACACAAAGAACACCUGAACAUGUCAAACUGGUUUCAUAGUAGAACCAUUAUUGUAAAAACGUCAUAGUAUGGUGUGUUGCUCAAAAAACAUUACGACCCGCUGUCUAGGGUCGCCGAGGAGCAACGUCGAAAAAAAAUGCGAUUUUUCAACAUGUUGUAAAAACGUGCCAUAUGAUGAAAUAAUGUAAAGGAGGCCGUGAAAAACACUCCAGAAAGGUUUUCUUUGAAAAAAAAUAUCAUCAUGAAUUUUGGCGCAAAAAAACGCCAUAGUAUACCCUUUCUGGAGUGUUUUUCACGGCCUCUUUUACAUUAUUUCAUCAUAUGGCACGUUUAUACUAUCCAAGAUGGCGCCACUGUGUAUGGCAGGUGGUAUACCUCUGCUCCAUGUUUUGCUGCUACUACUCUUAAUUUCACUUUUUGUUAAUAAUGUGUCACCGCUGCUGGUGUAUGAUCCCCAGACCCUCCCAGAUUUCAGUGAUUUAGUGAAAAAGCCAACGAUCUAUGACUGUAGUGGACAAUCAAAGACGCUCCCACCGUUCCUGGCGUCUGUGCCCCACUACCUGCGGCAUCUACCUGUUCCCCCGCCCCGCAAACGUCGCCACAGAAAGCGGGGGAAACGAAGCGGCGUCCUUGUUCGACUGAGAGCCUACAUGACGCAGUCGGCGAAGUAUGAUCGUCGUCACCUGCUGCGGUUUCCCAGGGAAUAUGACGGCUUCAUCGUGCGGUGUUCCUCGGAGGUCAGCUGGCUCCGAUCAGCUGUUCCAGAUGCCGGCUACACACAUCCCAGCCGCCCGCGGCGUGUCAGCAUCUGCAGACGAGGCUCCGCGCAGGAAAAUCUCCGCCCUGUUGCUCGUAGUUCCAAGCGAACUGACCACACACCGAUGUGCGUCGCCCUCAUUAAUACGAGGUCUUUAACAAAUAAAACUUUUAUCCUGAAUGAUUUCUUCUCAACACGUGCUGGAUUUCCUUUUGUUGACGGAAACGUGGAUUAAACCCGGUGACGACAGCGCGUUCACUGAGCUCCUCCCCCCUCGCUGCUCUUUCCUCAGCACAUCGCGAACGUCAGGUCGAGGGGGCGGAGUCGCCACAGUUUUUAAGGAUAAUUUCACUUGCACACCAUUGCAUGUAAAUAAUUAUUCCUGUUUUGAAGUACAGUUGUUCACAAUGGAAUUAUCUUGUCCAGUUUUAUGUGCUGUGUUCUACUGUCCACCUAAAUACAACAAGAACUUUAUUCAGGAGUUCUCUGAGUUCAUAGCAGAGGUGGCCUCCAAAUAUGAACAGCUUUUAAUCUGUGGGGAUUUUAACAUUCAUGUUUGUUGUCCGUCUGAUCAGCUGGCCACUGAUUUCAAACGUCUACUGUCAUCCGUCGACCUUAUUCAAACUGUGGAUGCUCCUACACAUAGUGCUGGGCAUACACUGGACUUAAUUAUUUCUCAUGGGCUUGUGGUGUCACUUGUUAAAAUAUCUGAGACUCCCAUCUCAGAUCAUUUCCCAGUUAUUUUUGAAGUUCUUACUCCUCCACCUGUUGGAAAGCCUCCUGUCCCAGCAUCUCGCUGUCGGAUUGUUACUUCUUCAACAGCUGCAGAGUUUGAGACUGCUUUUAUGGACUCUGAGUUUUAUGCUUGUGAUGGAAUUAAUCCUACUGGAUGCCCAGACAGCUUCCUGUCAUCUUUCUACUCAGCUUGUUCUGAAAUCCUGGACACUAUCGCCCCUAUUAGGUCCAGGUCCACCAAGCCCAGGACUGAUCCCUGGUUGAAUGAUUCAACCCGGGCCCUCAGACAGCGCUGCAGACAGGCAGAGCGACGCUGGAAAAAGAACAGGCUACAUGUAUCGCUGGAGAUACUGAGGGACAGUCUCGUUCAGUAUCAGAAGGCUGUGAAGGAGGCUAAAUCACAAUAUCUGUCGGAUAUUAUCUCGACAAAUGGACACUGCCCCCGUGUGUUGUUCAGUACAAUUAAUUCUGUUGUGAGCCCCCACACCGAUCCUCUGUCUGACGCCACUGUUUCUACAUGUGAAGACUUUCUAUGCUUUUUUGUGGACAAAGUGAUGUCUGUGAGAGCAUUGUGCAGCAGCAGCAUCAGCCCAGAUCAGUCUGCUACAACCCCACACUCUCCAGUGUUUGACCACUUUGAGCCCAUCUCCCUUUCAUCCCUUACUGAUGUAGUUAAACACAUGAAAACAACAAAUUGCCCUUUGGAUGUUUUCCCAACUAAAUUGCUUAAAGAUAUGUUUUCUACUGUUGGGCCUGUCCUCUUGGUUUUAAUGAACACUUGUCUUAGCUCAGGAUGUGUUCCAGCUUCUUUUAAACAUGCUGUUGUGAGACCACUCUUAAAAAAACACAUCUCGAUGCUAAUGUUUUAUCUAAUUUUAGACCUGUUUCUAACUUGCCUUUUAUCUCUAAAGUCCUUGAGAAAAUUGUUUUUACACAGUUACAGGCAUUUUUAGAAAACAAUUUUAUUCUGGAAAAAUUUCAAUCCUGGGUUCAGGUCACGGCAUAGCACAGAGUCUGCACUGCUUAAAGUUCACAAUGAUAUAGCUGUGUCUGUUGAUGCCAAGCGUCCUGUUGUCCUUGUGCUGCUUGACUUAACGGCAGCAUUUGAUACAGCCGACCAUUCUAUUCUCUUGUCCCGCCUAAAUAAUUAUGUUGGCAUCUGUGGUACUGCACUCAAGUGGUUUGAGUCUUACCUGACCAACAGGACUUUUUCCGUAAUGAUUGCCGACUUGUCCUCCUCUGUUGCCUCUUUGUUUUGUGGAGUUCCCCAGGGCUCCAUUUUGGGCCCUUCGCUAUUUUCACUUAUAUGUUGCCACUGGGGUCACUUAUAGCGAGGCAUAAUUUAGCAUUUCACUGCUACGCCGAUGAUUUCCAGUUGUAUUUACCGGUGUUCCCAAGCAAAAGUGGUGCUGUUCAGUCCCUCACACACUGCAUCAAUGACAUCAAGUCAUGGCUGGGGAAAAAUUUCCUCCAUCUAAACGAGGACAAGACUGAGUUCAUCUUAUUUGGUGACAAUGUUCUUGCGGAUUCGGACUCUGUGUUUUCAAAGCUACAACUGUCGCAUUUUUUUUUUCGACAGUAUACUAUGGCGUUUUUUUGCGCCAAAAUUCAUGAUGAUUUUUUUUCAAAGAAAACCUUUCUAGAGUGUUUUUCACAGCCUGCUUUACAUUAUUUCAUCAUAUGGCACGUUUUUACAACAUGUUGAAAAAUGGCAUUUUUUUUCGACAUAGUAUACUAUGGCGUUUUUUUUUUUGUGCCAAAAUUCAUGAUGAUUUUUUUUUUCAAAGAAAAGCUUUCUGGAGUGUUUUUCACAGCCUCCUUUACAUUAUUUCAUCAUAUGGCAUGUUUUCACAACCUGUUGAAAAAUGACAUUUUUCGACAUAGUCUACUAUGGCGUUUUUUUUGCGCCAAAAUUCAUGAUGAUUUUUUUUUCAAAGAAAACCUUACUGGAGUGUUUUUGACGGCCUCCUUUACAUUAUUUCAUCAUAUGGCACGUUUUUACAACAUGUUGAAAAAUCGCAUUUUUUUCGACAUAGUAUACUAUGGCGUUUUUUUUGCGCCAAAAUUCAUGAUGAUUUUUUUUUCAAAGAGAACCUUACCAUAGUGUUUUUUACGGCCUCCUUUACAUUAUUUCAUAAUAUGGCACGUUUUUACAACAUGUUGAAAAAUGGCAUUUUUUUUCGACAUAGUAUACUAUGGCGUUUUUUUUGCACCAAAAUUCAUGAUGAUUUUUUUUUCAAAGAAAACCUUACCAUAGUG